CAUAAACUUAACAAUUAAUGUCUGUCUUGAGAUUAUAAAAACAUAAUGAGAUGAAAAGUUAUGAAGGGAUAGCAUGUUUGCUCCUGCCUGGCCUGGCCUCAAUUGUGUGUGGGUAUGAGAAGCUAGCUAGGAGAGUGAGGUCAGAAGUGCAAUAAAGCCCGCACAAGUAUAAUGCUGCAUGUGCUUCUCAAUAAAUUCUACCUCAGCGCUGCUAUGCCUAGCUAUACGUACUACUACAACGUUCGUUGCCUUUUAAUUGGCCUGCCCUGCCCUCCUCAUCUGUAACUAUCCAUAAAUUCGAUCUGUCUUCAAUUAAUUUGGGCUCGAUCAAUCCCUUAGCUACUAGCUUCUUUCAUUCAUUCCCAUUCCCAUAUAUGUAUGUAUGGUACGUAGUAUAUUAUUGAUGAAUUAAGGAGCUGAGGUGAGGUGAAGCGCAUGCAGCUAGCUUAGCUUAUUAAUUAGCAAUGGAGUCGUCGUCGUCUCCCCAAGUGGAAGAAUGCCACAGUAGCUGCGAAUCCGGGUGGACUAUGUACCUCGCUGCCUCCCCCACCACCACAUAUGAGCAUGAUGAUGAUGAAGAAACGGCCACCAUCACCAACAACAACGUUAAUUUCUAUGACCCACAAAACAACAUCAGCAGCCGUGAAGUAGUUGACCAGGACGACGACACAGAUGAUUCCAUGGCUUCCGAUGCCUCCUCCGGCCCUACCACUAACCGCCGCCGCCGCCGCAGGUCGUGGGUUCAUGGAAAUUAUCCCCCGCCUCCUCCUGCUGAUAAUGAGAAGCUGCAGCUCAUCAGUUGCUCGUCAAAUUACAUUGAAGCCCCGACGAAGAUGCAGAUGCUGCGGCCUGAUGCUCAUGAGAAUAAUAAUAAUUAUUAUUAUAAUUAUUAUUAUGGAGAUAUUAGGGAAGCAGCAGCGUCGUCUUUCCAUAGUGCAAGAGCUGAUGCGGCUCCAGAGUACUCCCCGCCGCCGCCGAAGAACAACUGCUGGAAGGGUAAAAGAGGAAAAUGAUUCAUACAAGUAUUACUACGACAUUUUUGUCCACCAACCCUGCCUCCGACUUUAUUUAGCUCAUCAAAUUCAAUUUUUAUUUUUCCGUCCGGCCAUCCUAUCUUAAUUAUUGUAGUACUUAAUUAGUACUCCGUAGUAAUUACGUACGUAGUCCAUACUAAAAUAUGCUAAUUGCUGCUAGCACCUACUUGAGAUUAAUUAUAUAUAGGUUUUCACCCACCUACAUCACCACGUUAUAUCUAUUCUUGUGAGAUUAAUUACCAUUCCA